AUGUCCAAGCGUCAGUCGAUUGUGGCUCAAUCCACGGCUGAGGCUGAGUAUGUGGCUGCAUGUGGAGCUGCUAUAGAAGCGAAAGCGCAGUUCAAUAUUCUGUCUGAGAUAUUCCCGUCUAUGCACGUUCGACCGGUCAUUGGUAUCGACAAUAGUGCGGCACACGUGAUGGCUACCAGCCCGACUUAUUCGCGGCGCACGCGUCACAUCGAGCUGCGUUGGCACUUUGUGCGCGACCAGGUGCAGCGUGGUCUGAUUAAGCUCGUGAAGGUAAAGGGAGAAAAUAACCCAGCCGAUGCGUUCACUAAACCACUCGAUAAGGUUCGACUAGACAAGCUGUGUGGUAUGACGGGAAUGAUGAACUAG